AUGUUCAACUGGGCAAAGCAAACCCUGGCCAAUGUCGUCGGCACGGAAGAGCCCAUAUAUGGUCCGUCGGCCAUGAAGUCAGUCGCCGAAGAUGCCAAGUCCACGCCCUACACCGAGUUGACCCGGAACGAUAUGGAAUGGGAGGCCAUGGACUCGACCUGCGUCGAGACGCAGAGUUUCUACUUCACCGCCGACAGUGGCCAUCUGGCUCUUGCGCAGGUCAUCUAUAGUAACGUGGCUGGCAUCCGGACUACCUGCCAGUUCAACUCCAAGAUCUUCUACACCGACGGCUCGAAGCCCCAUCUCUGGUGUUCCACCCCGUUGAGCGACAUCGAGUUCAGCGAGGACAAGACCGGCUUCUACGCGAACGACUGUGCGCUCGAACUCUCGGAAGAUGGAAACUCGUAUACGAUCAAGUCGAUGACCGACGCGAGGGCCAUCGUCAACCUUAAGGUGACCAGGACAGCCCCUGGCUUCGUAGCGGGCAAAGAUGGCAAGACCUUGUUUGGCACGGACCUAUCGAAUCCAUGGGGAACUAUGAGACAUGCAUUCUGGCCCAGAUGUGAAGCUGAGGGAAGCAUCACGACGCAGGACGGCCCUGUCGAUUUCAAGGGGAAGGCUCUCUUCGUACAUGCCCUCCAGGGCAUGAAGCCUCAUCAUGCGGCAGCGCGCUGGACUUUUGCCGACUUCCAGAGCCCGACCUGUUCCGCAGUCUUGAUGGAGUUUACGACUCCCCCCUCAUACGGCACGUCGGUUGUUAGUGUUGGUGGUUUAGUAAAGGACGGUGAGAUCAUCACUGCUGGCACCACAUGCAAGGCCGAACAUACCAAGACGAAGCAAGACGAUGAGAAUGAGUGGCCCGAACCAACGGAUGUCAAGUUCACCUGGACCGGAACCACGAAGGAUGGCAAGGCAGUGGAAGCGCUCAUGGAAGGACCUCUAGAUGAAAGACUCGACCGUAUCGACGUCAUGGAAGAAGUUCCGGGAUUUGUCAAGAAGAUUGUCGCUGGCGCGGCCGGGACCAAGCCGUACAUAUACCAGUUCUCUCCUCGCUCGAAGCCCGUCACUCUUAGGCUCAAGAUUGGAGAUCAAGAGAUUACAGAAGAGGGACGACUAUUCUCCGAAGCCACUUUCAUCUCCUCUACUGACGCUCCAAGUCACGCAUGA